CAUGUCUCUGGGCAUCAAUGACGUGUCCAUGAGUAGCCUCCCCUCCACCUCCUCAAAUCACCUAGCAACUCACCUAGCAACCACCUCCUCAGAGCACUGUGGGAACUGUUUACUGAAGAUACUGAAACCAGAACUUUUUCUAAAAUUAUCUUGUGGUCAUGUAUUCUGUGGUGAAUGCUCUAAAGGAUCUCCAGAAAGGCCACUGAUAUGUCAGCUUCCUUCGUGCGCAAUAUUAUCACGACCACCUACAAAAAUUACAGUUAAAGAUUCGCUUGCUGAUAUCGAGAUGGAGCUGGAGAGAUUGAAACGGGAAAAGGAGAAGCUGCUUACAUCAAAAGAGCGGGAGAUUAAGAAGAUGGCACUUGAGUUCCUGAAUGAAUGUAAAAACCAGAAGUUGGUAAAGUUGGAUAAGCUGAAGGCUGAGUUGAAAGUGGUAAAAGAGGAAAUUUGUUCUAUGACCACUGCAUUUAUAGAUGUCAAUAUGCCUGCCCAGGAAGGCGAGUUGAAAUCCACCCCGAAAAACACAGAUUGUAUUAAAUUUCCGAAAACGGAACAGAUUUCAAACAACUACGCAAACAUGCUUAAAAACUUCCCUGACCUAGAAACUAAUUACUUUUUGACCAAGUCUAAAUACCAAUCCAUCGGCCAGCUAAUCUACAAUGCUUUCAAAUACGAAUCAUUGGUUGAGGUGGGUAAAAUAGUUGUAGCUGAGACUCCUUCCACCAGAACCUACGUGUACGGAAUGGCAGUAGGUAUCUCCGGAAUGUUAUCUGUGGCGGGAACGCUGAAGACAGUGAACAUCUACAAUCCUGCUGUUGAAGACAGCCCUCUACCAAUAGUCUACCCCAUCACAAAGCUCCCUUCUAACUCCUUUACCUGGUCCUCCGCCUGGAACCCCUGUUCCCCAAACUUGCUAGCAGUAGGAGACUACAACAGUGAGGUUAAGAUCUGGGAUGUAGUUGGGAAGGUGGCUACCAACACCUUCCACGGCCACACCGCCAGCAAGUACCUCCACGUCUCCUGGAGUCCAACCAAACCUCAACAACUCCUCUCUGCGGCGUACGACUCCGCUCAGGUCAGAGUGUGGAGGUUGAACGAGAGGGGGAGUGUGAUGAGUAUACGAGCUCCUGAUAAACUGCUUAACUUGUCUUGUAAACCUCACUCUCCUUACCACUUUGCGGUAUCUUCCAUUGAUAGAAAUAUUUACUCUUAUGACAUCAGAAAACCAGAUAAACCGGAAACGCUAUCUGGACACGCUAAAUCCGUGUUUCAACUAAAGUUCCUCGACAGCAAGACACUCAUAUCAGCUUCAGUGGACGGGACACUGAGACAGUGGGCCUUCGAAAGUUCCCAGUGCAUCAAAACCUACAAGGGGCACCAAAACACCGUGAAAUUCAUAGGUCUAGACAUGAUUGGAGAGCACAUAAUAUGCGGUAGUGAAAACAACUCAAUCUAUCUCUACCACGAAGCCCUCUCCAAACCAGUAAUGACUCACCAGUUUCCCAAACCAACAAGUCUCCUGGGAAAUCCUACUGGAAACGGUCAGGUGAGACACAUCAGCGCUGUAGUGACUGCUGGAGACAAGCUGUGUGCUGCAAACGAUGCCGGGGUUAUAAACAUUUUGAGGUUCAGUGAGGAUGAGAAGCUGAGACGUGUUGGUUCUUGUUGAAAGUACCAGCUAGUCUGCUUUUUUUAAUUUUCAAAUCUAUAUUUUAUUUCAUGCAAUCGGUUCGUAUUUUUCAUGCAAUCGGGUUAUGUUUUUAUUUCCGUUUUUACUACUGCAUUAUUCUGUCCGUACUUGUAUAUCAGACAGUAUUUAUAUUUGC